AGGAGCUCCCUUCUCGGAUUUCUCGCACCGAGCCAUGUAACUCGUGCCCGUUUGCCUCGCAGAGCUCGGUUUCCCCCAGAACCACGUGCGCAUCUUGACCCCAUCUCUCUCUUAUUCUCACCGCCGGCCCACCGUACCGUGCCCUCCCCUUCUCCGUCGGGACUCCACGGUCCUCACGCCCUUCUCCUCCCGUCCUCCCAUCUAGAACCCCACGAUCUUCGACCAAAUUAUUUUUUAAUAUCGUUCAGAAUAAGAUGAUGGGUCCGGAGACCCACCCCGGGUUCGGAUCACCGCGCCGGGAGAAGAUGGAAAGCCUCGUCCUCUCCGACGGUCCCUCCGACUACCGCAGCGCCAUGUCCUCUUCCCUCUCCGCCCGCCGACGGCGGCGAUCCCCUCCUCUCACCCACUCCCCCCUCUCCACCGCCUCCUCCUCCUCCUUCCUCGAUCCCCCCUCCUACGCCGACGUCGUCUUCAGCCCCCUCGACAGCCAGAACGGCGCCGCCCUCGACUGCCCUUCCCACCGCCGCGAGUCCUCUUCCCCCAGAUCCGACCGCGACGCCGUCUCCGAGUACGCCAAGAUCACCGUCUCCGACCCCCAAAAGGAGCAGGACGCCGUCAACUCCCUCGUUCCCGGGGGUGGCACCUACGUGACCUACCUCAUCACCUCACGGACUCGCGCUGGCGGUGCGGAGUUCCGCGUCCGGCGGCGGUUCCGCGACGUGGUGACCCUCGCCGACCGCCUCGCCGAGGCCUACCGGGGGUACUUCAUCCCGCCGCGGCCCGACAAGAACGUGGUGGAGAGCCAGGUGAUGCAGAAGCACGAGUUCGUCGAACAGCGCCGAUCCGCCAUCGAGAAGUACCUGUGGAGGUUGGCUGUGCACCCGGGGAUCGGGAAGAGCGAGGAGCUUCGGGUGUUCCUGCAGGCCCAGGGGAAGCUGCCGCUGCCCGCAAUCACCGACAUGGCCUCGAGGAUGCUGGAUGGGGCAGUGAGGCUGCCGAAGCAGCUGUUCGGGGAGGGACCGGCGGGGCACGUCACGCCGCAGGAUGCGGUGCAGCCAGCGAAGGGGGGAAGGGACCUGCUGAGGAUAUUCAAGGAGCUUAAGCAGUCAGUGGCGAAUGAUUGGGGAGGGGCGAAGCCUCCGGUGGUGGAGGAAGACAAGGAGUUCUUGGAGAGGAAAGAGAAGAUGCAGGAUCUCGAGCAGCAGCUCAGCACGGCCUCUCAGCAGGCUGAAGCGCUCGUUAAAGCUCAACAAGAUAUUGGUGAAACAAUGGGACAGUUGGGAUUGGCAUUCAUCAAAUUAACUAAGUUUGAGAAUGAGGAAGCCAUAUAUAAUUCUCAGAGAGUACGAGUUGCUGAUGCCAAAAGUGUAGCAACUGCUGCUGUAAAAGCAAGUAGAUUAUAUCGAGAAUUAAAUGCUCAAACAGUCAAACAUCUGGACACUCUGCAUGAAUGUCUAGGUCUGAUGUUAGCAGUUAACAGUGCAUUCUCUGAUCGGGCCAAUGCAUUAUUGACUGUACAAACUCUAAAGUCAGAUUUGUCCUCCUUGCACACAAGGAUUGAUAAACUUGAAGCUGCAUCCUCAAAGAUAUUUGGUGGUGACAGAUCAAGAAUGCGAAAAGUGGAAGAACUGAAAGAAACAAUGAGAGUUACUGAAGAUGCUAAAUGCGGUGCAUUAAGAGAGUAUGAAAGGAUCAAGGAAAAUAACCGGAGUGAACUCGAGAGGUUAGACAGAGAAAGGCAUGAUGAUUUUCUAAGUAUGCUGAAGGGUUUUGUAAUAAAUCAGGUCGGUUAUGCAGAGAAAAUUGCGAAUGUUUGGGCAGCGGUGGCAGAAGAAACGAGUGCAUAUGCUCGACCGUGAUAAGACUUCAAAAGUAAAUUGAGGUGUUUUUCCAGCCUGCUCUCCGCCCACACGCCCAUGUACACUACCAAGUAGGAAGUAGAACCAACCACUCCAUAAUAAAGAGAUUUUGGUGGAGUUAUUUUUAUUUUAUUUUUAUUCUAUUACUUUUGGUGUACGGCUCCUCAGCUGUUAGGGUUCUAAGUGGGACCCUGCCCUUGUUGGUCCCUGCGGGUUGCUGUGACAAGAAAUGAUUGUGAAUACAAACUUUAACAAUCGAAUGGAGUUAUUGUUGGCCCACAACAUUCCCUGGGGUAAGAAAGCUGUGAUUUGUUCU